UAUUUAAACUAUUAAUUAUGUACUCUCAAACAUUUUGUAUUCAUGUUUCAUUUAUGUUUGUUUAAAACUAAUAAAAAAAUUUAAAAAAGAAAGAAAGAAAAAGAAAAUGUUGGUGGAAUGCAGCAGGCCAGGCAGCAUCUAUAAGGAGAAGCACCGUCGACGUUUCAAGCCGAGACCUGCUGCGUUCCACCAGCAUUUUGUGUGUGUUUUUUGAAUUUCCAGCAUCUGCAGACUUCAUCGUGUUUGCAAGGGAUCUGGACAGGUUUUUGCUGUGUAAAUGUUGUGAAACGACUUUCCAUGGAUGAGCCACUACUUCAUCCAACGAACUAAGAGAUGAGAUAGCGAGCCACCCAACAUUGAAGAACCAGCCAGGAAUGAAAUGUGUCAUGACAUAGAGUGAUUGACGUAGAGUAAUAUGGUUGGAUGUAAAAGUUGAUUUUCAUUCGAAAGAUCUGAAUUUGAUUUUCUGUAAGAACUGAGUAUUUUUGUAAAGACUUUGACAAGUUACUGAACGAGAUUUACUUUGUCUAAAAGUUGUAAUGUUGGAGAAUUGUGAAAGAAGUUAAGCUAUAUAUAUAUAUAUAUGAUUUUUGAAUUUGUAAUCAUACUGGCUGGAACUGAAAACUGAAGCUAACUAUAAUACUUAAGAAUAGGAAUUCAUCUGGUUUUCUAACUAAGGAAAGGUUAGUCUGUAAAUCUUCAAAAAAGGGAGAUCUAAUUAAUUAGAGAAAUUGGUGUAAUAAAGGUUAUUCUAAUGAAUCUUAUUGAUUCUAUUUAAAAGGAAAUUGAUAGAUUUGGAACCUAAACUGAAUGUUGGAAUUUUGAAUUGUGCUUACUCAUGUCAAUAUUUUGCAGAGCUUUUCUUUUUACAAACAAAACAUACCCCCAGAAGUGUGUGUUAUCGAUUUACUGCCUCCUUGCUAUACCCAGAGCUUCUGAUGGCCUACUAGCACCUCGAGUAAUCUGAUUUUCUCAUGAAGAGUAUGGCGACCAGUUACAUGAGAUAUGAUCAGCUCUGCACAGCUGUUACUCAUAGUUAUUGAAAGCUUUUAAUUUCAUCACACUGAUAUGCUUGUACACCAUCCUGUCUGAUUUCCACAUAGUGGUCAGAGGAAUGUUCAUGAAAAGUGCACGUCAGAAGAGCUAAAUAUGGCCCUCCAUUGAUUGGGGUCGAGCAUGGUUGUAGCAAGGUCCCCCUCUCCAUGCAUCUGAUGAACUCAAAGGAAUGGCAGAGGCCGAUACAGUUUGGCACCAGCGGAAUUGCAGGAGUUGCCAGUCAGUGUUGAACUCAAUGUAGGACUGCUUAGUGGCUCCAUCUCCGGAUCUUUCCUCAGGGUUUACUCCCAAAGCUUUCCCAUGAUUGGGUAUAGGCAUAAGGCAGCAGAGGAACUGAACCCGAGUCACCGGCACCGUAAAGUGUUGUGCUACCCACUAAGCUACUGUUCAUUUUAUUAAAAGGUUUAAGAAAGCAGUGCAAAAAGAGAAAAAGAAGUGAAGUCACGUUCAAUGUCCAUUCAGAAAUCUGAUGGCUGAGGGGAAGAAGCUGUUCAAAGUUCAAAGUCUAGAGCUAUUCCUGAAUUGUUGGGUGUGUGGCUUCAGGCUCCUGUUCCUCCUCAUCGAUGACAGCAAAGAGAAGAGAGCAUGUCCUGGGUGAUGGGGGUUGCUGCUGAUGGAUGCCACUCUUCUGAGACAUCACUCCUUGUACCUGCACCAGAUGCUGGGGAGGCGACUGCCCAUGGUGGAGCUGGCAGAGUCCACAACUUUCUGCAGCUUGUGCAGCUCUAACCUGCACCAUACCUGACAGCGAAGCAGCCAGUCCAAAUGCUCUCCACACUACAUCUGUAGAAAUUUGAAAGUGUCAUUGAUGACGUUCACAUGUCCUCAGAGUCUUAAUGAAAUAUAGCUGCAUCGUGCCUCUUUGUAACUGUAUUGAUAUGUUGAGCCCAGGAUGGAUCCUUGAUGUUUUAUUGCUUUUUAUUGUCACCAAACAAUUGAUACUAGAGUGUACAAUCACCACAGCAAUAUCAGAUUCUGCGCUUCUUGCUCUCUGGAGUACAAAUUGAUAAUAAAUAUAAUAAAACUUUAAAUUAUAAAUCAUAAAAUAGGAAAAAGAAAAGGGAAAGUAAGGUAGUACAAGUCAGGUCCAGAUAUUUGGAAGGUACAGCCCAGAUCCGGGUUAGGAUCUGCUCAACAGUCUUAUCACAGUUGGAAAGAAGCUGUUCCCAAAUCUGGUCGUAUGAGUCUUCACACUCCUGAACCUUCUCCCGGAGGGAAAAGGGACAAAAAGUGUGUUGGCUGGGUGGGUCAUAUCCUUGAUUAUUCUGGCAGCACUGCUCUGACAGCAUGCGGUGUAAAGUGAGUCCAAGUACGGAAGAUUGGUUUGUGUGAUGUGCUGGGCUGUGUUCAUGAUCUUCUGCAGCUUCUUCCGGUCUUGGAUAGGACAACUUCCAUACCAGGUUGUGAUGCACCCUAGAAGAAUGCUUUCUAUGGUGCACCUAUAAAAAUUAGUGAGGGUUUCAGUGGACAGGACAAAUUUCUUCAGCUUUCUCAGGAAGUAAAGAUGCUGGUGGGCCUUCUUGGCAGUGGACUCUGCUUGGUUAGACCAAGUCAGGUCAUUUGUGAUAUUCACCCUGAGGAACUUCAAGCUUUUGACCAGUUCCACCUGCGCACCACCAAUGUAGAUGGGGCCAUGCUGUCUGCUACUCCUUCUGAAGUCAACAACCAAUUCCUUCAUCUUGCUGAUGUUGGGGAUAGGUUAUUGUUUUUGCACCAGGUUCUUAAUUUCCCCUCUGUACUCAAGCUCAUCAUUACCCAAAAUACGGCCUACAAUUGUGGUGUCAUCAGCAAAGAUAUAUUGAGUUUGAUGGAAACUUGGCUACACAAUCAUGGGUGUACAGUGAGUACAGCAAGGAGCUGAGUACACAGCCUUGUGGGGCACCGGUGCUCAGAGUGAUUGUAGAGGAGAGUUUGUCCCAUAUUUUUACAGUCUGUGAGGAAAUUGAAGAUCCAGCUGCUAAUCUGAGUGCUAAGACCCAGGGUCCAAGCUUAGGAAUCAGUUUAUUUGGAAUGAUGGUAUUAAAUGUUGAUGUAACGUAUAAAUCUAUUUCUUUUAGAGCAAUGACCCCCCUUCCACUAUGCAAGUACAUUGUCCUCCCUCCCUUGCUGCAAUGUGAAUACACCAGUUAAAGCCAUCUCCCACGUGCGUGCUUUUAUUUAAUUGAAAUGCAGUUGUGCACAGACACAACAAAUUGGUGACGAGUUCGAACCUGAAUGUGAGAAAAUAUCACCCACUGCAUCAACAGUUAAGGCACAAAACAGCAAGAGUUAAACAGCCUGUCACGGAUGCUAACAAACACACGAAUACAGCGAAAGAUGUGCUGAAUUUAAAGUGAAAAUAAUGUGCCGAUGUCUUCAGUCGUUGUUACAGGUGCGACCAAUGGGAUUGGGAAAGCCUAUGCUCACGAGCUGGCAAGAAGAGGCCUUAAUAUUGUGCUGAUCAGCCGGUCACUGGAGAAGCUGAAAACCACAGCAGAAGAGAUAGAACAAAAACACGGCAAGAAGACCAAGAUUAUUCAGGCUGACUUCACCGCUGGAACUGACAUCUAUGGGCCUAUUCAGGAAGUACUGAAUGGCAUGAACAUUGGAGUCCUUGUGAACAAUGUUGGGAAAACCUAUAAUAUACUUCCAUGUUACUUUCUGGAUGUGCCAGAUGUCAAAAAGGCAGUUACUGAUAUUGUCUUCUGCAAUGCCCUUUCUGUGUCAAUGAUGACUGCUGUUGUCCUGCCGCAAAUGGUUGACAGGAAGAAAGGUGUCAUUAUCAACAUGUCUUCAGAAGCUGGAACUUUUCCACACCCAAUGCUUGCCAUGUAUUCAGCGACUAAGGUCUUCAUUGACUUCUUCUCCCGAGCACUGAAUGUGGAGUACAAAUCACAGGGAAUUAUCACACAGUGUGUAAUGCCUCUACUUGUUUCCACCAAUUUAACAAACAACGUGGAUACUGGUCUGCUGGUGAAGCGGGCAGAUGACUACGUCCGAGAAGCAUUGAACACUGUUGGAAUAACAGAGCAGACAAGAGGAUGCAUUUCCCAUGCACUUCAGCAUUGGUUAAUUGAAAGAUUGUUUCCAGAUUGUUACCGACUCUCCCAGUUUGGAUUAAACAGUAUGAAGAAAUUGACUGAGGCAAGAAAGAAAUGGCUGGAGGAGAAGAAGAAGAGCAAAAUAAAUUAGUUGCAAUACAAUGGUUAGAGGAGAUACCUUUAAUAUUUGUCUGAUGUUAUAUUAUUGGCUGGUUCUUUUGACAUAUGGUGUUAAUUCAAGAAGAUACAUUAUCCAUGUAGUUUAAAAAGUGACACCAUGAUUAAAAAAAAUAAACCGUGACCUGAUUGAAAGAA